CUUUCUGCGCAGGCGCAGUAGCUGUCCCACUGGGCUACAGUACCGCGGUGUCUCUCGCUUCCCCCUCUACAUCUUGCGCAGGCGCACCAGCUACUCGUUCGCCCUGCCUGUCACAAACAUCUGGGUGGGCGCGGAAGCUGCAGGUAAAUGCCAGCGCAGAGGAGAUGCUGGUGAAUUAUGGCUAAUCCCUUAAGAUACGAAGUGUUGAAUCUUUACAAAAAUCUGCUGUACUUGGGAAGGGAAUAUCCCAAAGGGGCAAACUACUUCCGAACUCGACUGAAAGCAGCGUUCUUAAAAAACAAGGACGUGAAGGACUCCGAAAAAAUUAAAGAGCUCAUCGCUCGCGGGGAGUAUGUCAUCAAAGAACUGGAGGCGUUAUACUUUCUGCGGAAGUACAGAGCCCUGAAACAGCGGUACUAUGAGGACGAUAACAAGUGAUUGGACGAUAGCAAGAGAUCCAUAGUCCUCUUGGGGAGUUUGCGCUGGUGUAGGUAAACUGCAAAGGAUUGGUCUACGAUUAAAACAAAAAAGAAUAGCUCAUUGAAA